UCUUCAUCUUCCUUACCCUCCUUCAUUUCUGCCUAUUCUAAGCAAAAUACCAUAAUCAUGCAUUCCGGAGAAGUUGCCAGCAUUAGCUACCUUUCACCUUCAAAUUCACCUUUCAGAGCCCACUACAAUAUGCAUCAAGACAGUAUUACCUCCAACUUUAGCUGUCUGUUUGGACCUCAUUUUACUGAACACUUACACACCAUGCCAGAGAUGCAUGGCAUGAGCGUUCCCAUUUCUUGUCUUGGAAUCGGCAGAAUUUCAGAUGAGCCAGGUGGUGCUGACAAACUAGUCCAAGCUGAAGAAAGGAAAAAGAGGAGGAUGAUAUCGAACAGAGAAUCAGCUCGCCGAUCACGGAUGAGAAAACAAAAGCAUCUCGGUGAAUUGUACUCACAAGUCAUCCGUCUCCGAUCAGUAAACUACCAGCUUCUCAAUGAGUUAAACAACGUGGUGAGAGAGCGCGAUCAGAUUAUCCAAGAGAAUAGCCGCCUCAAAAAUGAAGAAACUACGCUUCAAAUGAAACUCAAGAGUCUCCCAGCAAAAUUUGAUUGUUCUCAAGAAGAAGCAGAGAUAUCUUGAUUGCAAGAGAUCAGCUACAAAAUCUCUUGAACGUUGGACAUGUCGUUUUCAUGUUGC